ACAAAAGGUGCGAGGUUAAACACAGAGCCCACGCAAAGUGCGAUUCAACUAUUCGAAAAUAUGUUAUUGGUUCGUUCCAAUAUACAAUUGCAUUAUUGCUUCAAGUAUCCUUUAGAAGCAGAGCCGGUAACCGACAACAACCGUCAAUUGUUUCCUCGUCUAAUCUAUUCUACGCUACCAGCAAAUCAAAAUUGAUAACUAACGCUGAUGACGUCAUAAAAUAUCAAUCCGAAUCUCCAAUCAAAGUUCGAGUUCAGAUGUUACGACGCUACGCCUAAUAGCAAUCCAAGGGCGGUAAGAUAAUUUUAGGCGGAGGGAUAUAAUAGCUUGCGAUCGGUAGAUACUUCCAUUUCGCUAAAGAUCACAAAAGAAAAGGCCCGAAAGAAAAGGGCAACGGAUUCCAGAGGAGAGGAUACAUUCAUAACAGGGUUUCUAGAGAAGAGUAGCCAUGAGGUCACACGGGUGGCUGGCAGGAUUAGUCGUUGCUAUAGUGACAUUAAUGCCAAGUUCGGGUGAUGCAAAAGAAAGUGCUGCUAAAAGAGGACUUGACUCAAUAGGAAUGGGCCUUAUAAAGAAAAAACCUAUGGACAGUAUCGGAAUGGGGCUCAUUAAGAAGAGACCUUUGGACAGUAUCGGAAUGGGCCUCAUUAAGAAAAGGCCAAUGGACAGUAUCGGAAUGGGACUUAUUAAGAAAAGGCCAAUGGAUAGCAUCGGAAUGGGACUAAUUAAAAAAAGGCCCAUGGACAGUAUCGGAAUGGGCCUCAUUAAGAAAAGGCCAAUGGACAGCAUCGGAAUGGGCCUCAUUAAGAAAAGGCCAAUGGAUAGCAUCGGAAUGGGCCUCAUUAAGAAAAGGCCCAUGGACAGUAUCGGAAUGGGCCUCAUUAAGAAAAGGCCCAUGGACAGUAUCGGAAUGGGACUUAUCAAGAAGAGACCUUUGGACAGUAUUGGCAUGGGCUUAAUCAAGAAAAGGCCUAUAGAUAGCAUCGGUAUGGGACUUAUUAAAAAGAGUGACAAACACGAGCGUCAGCUUGAUGAAAUCGGAAGCAAUAUUUUAGGUAGAAGAUAUUUGGACGAAAUUGGUGGCCAUAUUUUGGGUGAACGGAAUUUGGACGAAAUUGGUGGCCAUAUUUUGGGGGAACGCAAUUUGGAUGAAAUUGGGGGCAACAUUUUGGGUAGACGCAAUUUAGACGAAAUUGGUGGCCAUAUUUUGGGUGAACGGAAUUUGGACGAAAUCGGUGGCAACAUUUUGGGUAGACGCAAUUUAGACGAAAUUGGUGGCCAUAUUUUGGGUGAACGGAAUUUGGACGAAAUCGGUGGCAACAUUUUGGGUAGACGCAAUCUAGACGAAAUUGGUGGCCAUAUUUUGGGUGAACGGAAUUUGGACGAAAUUGGUGGCAACAUCCUUGGACGAAGACAAUUGGACGAAAUUGGUAGCAAUAUUUUGGGUAGACGAAAUUUGGACGAAAUCGGUGGCAACAUCCUUGGACGAAGACAAUUGGACGAAAUUGGUAGCAAUAUACUAGGAAGAAGAAAUCUUGACGAAAUUGGAAGUAAUAUUUUGGGUAGACGACAGUUAGACGAAAUAGGAAGCAAUAUCCUGGGCAGACGUAAUUUAGAAAGAAGCCUUGACGAGAUUGGUGGACACAUCCUCGGAAAAAGGAACUCUGAAAACAAAAAACAUUGAGGACAUUUCAAAUAAUUAAGUUUCUAAACUCAUAU